CGUUUUUUAAGGCAAGAAGAAGGGACAAAGUGGUGUUUCUUACUUUUAAUUCCAAUUGGAAUCCAUCAGUAACCCUAACCCUAAAUCAAAAUCCAGAGGUUUGUGUCUGUCGAUGCUCCGUGUUGGUGGUUCGAAAGCUCUAUCAGGGAGGAGGGUUCCUUUCUUAAAUGCUCUCUCUCUUCUCUCUCUGCUCUCCCUUUUCCCCUUUCAUGUCUUCAAUCACCGCCUCUGCCUCUGCCUCUGCUCCUUCAGGGUCUCCAAAAACCCUACUUUUUGAUUUCCACACCAACCCUUUUUAUACCACCCUCUUGGUUUUCCAACUUCCGUCUCCUCGCCAACACGAGUUAUUCUAAGAUGCUGCUAUUUGGGUCAUUUACUGAAGAUGAAACUCGAUCAUUGUUGUCAAAGCAGUCUCCUGGGAAAAAUGAAAAGCCUGUGGAGAAGAAUAAGCUGCAAUUUGGUUCUCUGAAUUCUGUUACUGUUGAGUCGAACGACCUUCCAACUUCAUCAAUAGCAUCAGAUAGUGUUCCACCCUCGGAUUCUCUGAAAUGUAAUGGAGUGAAAAGUGUCAGUGAUAAUUCUCCGGAAGUGUCAGGAACAAUUAAAGAGAAUGGCAGCAUUACCAAUUUCUCUCCUAGCCCUACGAGUACCAUUAGUGUAAAUGAAGUUGAAGAAAAAAAUGUGAAUUCUUUUACAUUACUCGGUGAAGAUGGUCCCUCAAACAAGUUUGCAAAUUUGAGCCUAGAUGCGUCUGAGGCUGAAAGGUUGAAGAAUGUGCUUAAAACUGGCAGUGGUGAUGAUUCUGCAUCGAAAUUAUCUGAUCCUAACCUCCGAAAGGCACCUAAUGGACAUGCUGUUAUGCAUGUUAAGGAUAUAUUGCCUAGAGGCCUUAUCAACUCUGGAAAUCUUUGCUUUCUUAAUGCAACCAUGCAGGCUCUCUUGUCAUGUUCACCGUUUGUUCAGCUUUUACAGCAAUUAAGAACUCGCAACCUUCCUAAGGUUGGAUAUCCCACGUUGUUGGCAUUUGCUGAGUUUAUAGCCCAAUUUGACAUGCCAAGCUCAACAAAAUUAAAGAACCAAGAUACAGAUACGUUUGAAUCUGGAAGGCCAUUUUGCCCUGUUAUGUUUGAAGGUGUUCUAAAAAAUUUUACUCCAGAUGUGCCGAAUAGUAUUUCAGGAAGACCAAGGCAGGAAGAUGCUCAGGAAUUUCUGAGCUUUGUAAUGGAUCAAAUGCAUGAUGAAUUACUGAAGCUUGAAGGACAGUUUUCAAGUCUUAAUGGUAGCAAAUCUUCUCUGGUUUCUUCUGUGGAAGAUGAUGAAUGGGAAACAGUAGGGCCGAAGAAUAAAUCGGCUGUAACAAGGACUCAAAGCUUUGUCCCAUCAGAAUUAAGUGGUAUUUUUGGAGGACAACUUAGAAGUUUGGUGAGAGCUCAAGGAAAUAGAGCUUCUGCCACUGUUCAACCAUAUCGCUUGCUCCAUCUUGACAUUUAUCCUGAUUCUGUUCACACAAUUGAGGAUGCGCUGCACUUGUUUUCUGCACCAGAAACUCUUGAGGGGUACCGAACAUCAGUCACUGCAAAGGCUGGUGUUGUGACUGCAAGAAAAUCUGUACAGAUAGUGACACUUCCUCAAAUAAUGAUAUUGCACCUCAUGCGUUUUAGUUAUGGAAGCCAGGGAAGCACCAAAUUGCACAAGCCUGUGCAUUUUCCUCUUGAGUUGGUAUUUGGUCGUGAUUUGCUUGUUUCGCCAUCCACCGAGGGCCGAAGGUAUGAACUUGUUGCUACAAUUACUCAUCAUGGAAGGGAGCCUUCAAAGGGGCACUACACAGCUGAUGCCCAAUACCCCAAUGGUCGGUGGCUACGAUUUGAUGAUGCAUCUGUCUUUGCCAUUGGAACAAAUAAGGUGUUGCAUGACCAGGCAUAUGUCCUUUUCUACAAACAGAUGUGAAAAUACACAUUGUUAUGUCAAUAUCUAUUCCCUUCUGCACCUGACAGAGAGCUAUUCCCUUGUAUGAAAGGAUUAAUGUCUUGCAUGGAGAAAAAGUAGGGGAUUAUUUAUUAGCUGGUCAAGCUCAAUAUCCAUUGCUCAUGAUUCAGAUUGUUAAAAUGUCAUAAAUGGGCAAAUCCAAUCCGGUGUGUGAGAAGAGUAUUGUUGUAACAUUUUUUUUCAUGUUAUCUUAACUGGAAAAGUUUUGUAGCCCCUAGUUUAGAACAUGGCAUGUAUUUAUGGUAUAACAGUGAGUAAAGGUUUAUUGCUUGUUAAGUAUUGUA